GUCAACAUGGCGCUUAGCAGUGGCAUCCUUGCCCUAUCAAUCAUUGGAGUGCUCGUGACUGGUAUUGUGACAGUGGUUGCCACAAUUGCGAUCUACCUAUGCGCCAAGGUCGCCGUGCAAGUGUAUUUGCGGCAGGACGGCAGCAAAGGCGCUGAACGGGAUGCCUCGCCCUUCAAUGGAGGAGCCGGCGGCAACACGGCGAGGGACUUGGACGAGGCCGAAGUCGAGAUGGGUACCAUGAGUUUCUUCAUCGAGGGCGUCCAGAACGAGCGUCCCGUUCGGUUCAGCUCGACUCAGCUGCGGGGCUUCACCCAGGGCUUCUCGCACAGGGUCGGCUCCGGCGGGUUCGGCGUGGUGUACAAGGGCAGGUUCCCCAACGGCUCGCCGGUGGCCGUGAAGGUGCUCAACAGCACGCUCGGGAGGCGCGCGGAGGAGCAGUUCAUGGCGGAGGCGCUCGUGUACGAGUACAUGGAGAACGGCUCGCUGGACCGGCACCUCUUCGGGUCGACGCCGGAGACGGCCAUCGGGUCCGGUAAGCUCCACGAGAUCGCCGUCGGGACGGGCAAGGCUGUGCGGUAUCUUCACGAGGAGUGCCAGCACCGGAUCAUCCACUACGACAUCAAGCCGGAGAACGUCCUCCUGGGCGCCGACAUGGCGCCCAAGGUGUCCGACUUCGGGCUGGCCAAGCUGUGCGACAGGGAGGACACACACCUGACGAUCACGGGCGCGCGGGGCACGCCUGGGUACGCGGCGCCGGAGCUGUGGAUGCCGCUGCCGGUGACGCACAAGUGCGACGUGUACAGCUACGGGAUGCUGCUGUUCGAGAUGCUGGGCAGGCGGCGGAACCUGGAGCUGGGGCUGCAUGGCCGCGAGAGCCAGGAGUGGUACCCGAGGUGGGUGUGGCACCGGUUCGAGGCCGGCGACAUGGACGCCGUGCUGGCGCGCACGAUGGCGGCGGGGGACGUGGACGACAUGGAGAAGGCCGCGAGGAUGUGCAAGGUGGCGCUGUGGUGCGUGCAGUACCGGCCGGAGGACAGGCCGUCCAUGGGCAACGUCGUUCGGAUGCUGGAGGGGGAGGAAGAGAUCGCCACUCCCGGUAACCCGUUCGCCCACAUGGCGGCCUACAGCUCCGGCGCAAUGCUGUCCGAUGACACAACAACGGAAUCGAACGCUUCCUCAGGUUUUCUCGGCAAGGAACCCCCGCCGUCGGACCUGCCGCCCCACCGGACCUGCCACCCCGCACCACCGGACAUGCCGCCCCGAGCUGCUGCCACGCGCCGCCCCGCCGCCUCGCCCCGCUUCUCAGGCCAUGGGCGGCCCCCGUCGCCUUGCGCCGCCUCAGGCCGCCAUGGCCCCCGUCGCCUUGUGCCGCCUCAGCCCGCCAUGGCCCCCGUCGCCUUGUGCCGCCUCAGGCCGCCAUGGCCACCCUGGCCCUGCCCCGUCGCGGCGCACCCGCCCUGCCCACGUCGGCGCCAGUUCCGCCCCGUCCCCACCAGCUCCGCCCCGAGUGGGAGAACGUCAAAAUUCAUCUAG